AUGCUCGUUUUCAACCACAAAUUUAUCCUAUUGGCCGUCUUGGUCCUCGCUCUGUUCUUGAGCAGCGCCGACUCUGUUGAUGCCAAGAAACAAUGCCGUGCCAAAGGUCACAAGAAGCACCAUCACAAACACCACCACAAACACCACUACAACAGCAAUUCUAACCACACCAAACAGACACAAUCGGGUAGCUCGGCUGGCUCUCAGUCGGAUGCUACUUCUCAGUCUGGUUCCGGUUCCGAUUCUGGGUCUUCAUCGUCUGCUUCGUCAGGUUCUUCUUCUUCCAGCUCCGGUUCUGGCUCGAGCUCGAACGCUAGCUCUGGUUCUUCAUCAUCCUCCGACUCCAACUCGUCCGGCUCUUCUUCCUCUUCUGGCUCUUCCUCUUCUGGCUCUUCCUCUUCUGGCUCUUCCUCUUCUGGCUCUUCUUCUUCUGGCUCUUCCUCGAACUCGAACUCGACCAUCUCGAUUAGCGGCUUCACCCCUCCUCUCGGCAAAGCUGGUGUAGCUGGCGGCAACUCUCUCAAAUGGAUCGGCAAAUCUCUCAGCUGGUACUACGACUGGACUCCCAACCCAGACAACCCGAACCGUGGUGACAUCCUUGCCGUCCCCAUGCUUUGGGGUCUUGGACGUGUUAAUCACGACGAUGAUUGGGCUCGAUUCGAUGCCUUUAAGAAACUCAAACCCGGAUCUGCACCCUUCGUCAUGGGCUACAACGAACCCGACUUCCAAGGCUCCGGCUCUUCAGGCGUUAUCCCCGUUGAAACGGCCGCUGCUGCAUGGGAACAGUAUCUCGCCCCGCACGCCAAAGCAGGAGCUAAACUCAUCUCCCCCUCCAUGGCCAUGCAAAAGGACGAAACUUGGCUAGCCUCCUUCCUUAAAGCCAUCAAGACUCAACCCGAGAUCAUCGCUGUGCACAUCUUCCAAGACAACAUGGACGGAGUCAAAGGAGUCCUCGAUCAUUUCGCACAGUACGGUAAACCGAUGUGGAUCACCGAAUUCGCUUGCAUCAACUACCAAGGUCCCAGCCCAGUGUACUGCGAUCAGGGUAAAGUGGAUAGUAUGUUGCAACAGAUGGUGGAGCUGUUCGAGAGCGAUUCCAGGGUCGCAGCAUACAGUGUUAGUGAUGCCAGCAAUGGGCCGUUCGGUGAUUUGACACCGAAUCAGCAGGGUCAGAGUUUGAGUGCGACGGGAAAGAGUUAUAUGGCUAGUGUUCAGCAGGCUACCAACCAGAGACGUCGUCGUGGGUUGGUUCCUAUGCGCAAGUAG